UCUCAGAUUACAAAAACCUGCCGAUUCAUCUUGCCAUAAGAUACUUUUAUUCUACCCAAAUUACACUACAUAAUUUAUUGCAGCCAAAUGUUUUUCUCUUCGUACCCAACAACAAUGUCUUGCCACCCAAGUCUCUAUCUUGCAGCUACCUUACAUUUUUAUAACCCAAUCUUUCUACCUUAUAAGUUCUCAUUUCCAGUUCUACUUCUUCACUUCUUCAUUGCUUCAUCAUCAUUAUUGUGUUUCCUGUGAUUGUAGCUACUCUUGCAAGCCCCCAUGGAAAUCAAAACCGAUCAGCAGCUUCACAUUUUCUUCCUUCCCUAUAUGGCUCAAGGUCACACUUUACCCCUCAUAGACAUAGCGAAACUGUUUGCUUCACGUGGUGUGAAGUCCACCUUAAUAACCACCCCUGUCAAUGCACCACUUUUCUCCAAAGCAAUCCAAACCAGCAAAAGUUUAGGUUUCGAUAUUGAACUUCUUAUCAUCAUAUUCCCAUCUACUGAAGUCGGGUUGCCUGAAGGUAUUGAAAGAACUAACUUGCGUAGACACCAAGAGCAGACGGAUAAGUACUUCAAAGCCAUCAAUCUCCUUAAGCAGCAAGUUGAGCCGAUUUUAGAACAACAUCGUCCGCACUGUCUUGUUGCAGAUUCUUUGUUUCCUUGGGCUACAGAGGUUUCUGCCAAGUUUGGGAUUCCAAGGAUCAUCUUUCAUGGACCUGGUUUUUUCCCCUUGUGUGCCAUAACUAGUGUGAUGCGCCACCAACCUCAGAGGGAGGUUUCAUCUGAUUCUAAAUCUUUUGUUGUUCCUGGUCUCCCAGAUAAGAUUAAGAUGACAAAAAACAAGUUGGUUCCUUUUCUUGCUUUAGAUGGUGAGUCAGAACUCAUCAAAGUGGUGAAAGCAUCCAGUGUGGCUGAUGAAACAAGCUAUGGGAUUAUAGUUAACAGCUUCUAUGAACUUGAACCAAAUUAUGCAGAUCACUAUAGGAAGGUGCUUGGCAGGAAAGCAUGGCAUAUUGGUCCAGCGUCUUUAUGCGAGACAGAAAACGACAAACUAGAGAGGGGAAGAGAAGGCUCAGCAGUUGAAGUACAUGAGUGCCUGAACUGGCUUGAUUCCAAGGAGCCCAAUUCAGUUGUUUAUAUAUGUUUUGGAAGCCUGGCCAAUUUCAGUGAUUGUCAGCUCCUAGAGAUUGCUUUGGCUCUCGAGGCAUCUCGACAGCAAUUCAUUUGGGUUGUAAAGAAAGAAAAGAAAGAUAAAGAAGAGUGGUUGCCUGAAGGAUUUGAGCAAAAAAUGGAGGGAAACGGACUGAUUGUAAGAGGUUGGGCUCCCCAACUACUGAUUCUUCAACACAAAGCAAUUGGGGCCUUUCUCACUCACUGUGGAUGGAACUCAACCCUUGAAGCAGUGUGUGCUGGGAUGCCAAUGAUCACGUGGCCAAUAUCUGCAGAUCAGUUUUACAAUGAGAAGUUGGUCACUGAGAUACUUGGGAUUGGGGUUGCUGUUGGUGCCGAAAAAUGGGAGGAUGAUAGUGUGAAAAGUGAAGCCAGUGUGAAGAAGGAGACCAUAGAGAAGGCUGUGACUGAAUUAAUGGUUGGUCCUGAAAAAGAGGAAAUGAGAAGCAAAGUUCUUGCACUCAAAGAGCUCGCAAGGAGAGCCGUUGCAGUAGGUGGUUCAUCCUUCUCAGAUUUAACUGCUCUAAUUGAAGAGUUGAAGUCUCUCAGGCCUUGAUAAUCUUGAAAUAGCGAAGAUACCAACUUUUUCUCCUUUAAGUGGGAAAACUUCUAUCUAGUAAUUUGAAUUGUUUGCACACCUAUGCAUAACUUGUAAAAAUUCAAAUUUAUGAUAAUUAUUGAGCUUCAAGACAUGUGAUAACUGAUAUGCCCGUAAAAUCCAUUUUUUGGACUUUCAGGUCAGUAAGGCACUAAUAUCUUAAGCAGAAACUGAACAGAAGUCAUCAACCGAAUGAUGAUAUGUGCAUCAAAUAUUUUAACUAUAUGCCAGAUAAACCCUCCAAAAGACAACAAGUAUAAGAUACAGCAGCAUAC